GGAGGUGAAUAAAUUAAAUUGGAGUCUCUGGCACGAAGCUACCUUUUACCACGACUGAAUUAUCAACGCUUACGCAUUUGCUUACGCUUUGGAGUUGAUUAUAUCGUAGAAGAUAUAUUUAAAACCUAAAAAAUAGUUUUUAAAAAGCCAUAAAAAAUUGUAUAAGGCAUUUCCGAAAUCGGUGAUAUAAAUACCCACCAUAGCACUAAAUUUUCACCUCAGCAAAACAUCCAAACUUGGGCAUACGAAGUAAGCUUGAGCAGGGCCAAAAUAAGAAUGACAGGGAAGCUCGUUUGUGUGACAGGGGCAUCAGGCUUCAUUGCCUCAUGGCUCGUCAAGCUUCUUCUCGAUAGAGGUUAUGUUGUUCGAGCUACCGUUCGUGAUUUAGGGAAUCCGGACAAGACAAAGCACUUAUCUGAACUAGAAGGAGCCAGUGAAAGACUUCAGCUGGUGAAAGCAGAUUUACUUGAUGUGGGAUCCUUUGAUGCAGCUGUAGAUUCCUGUGAAGGUGUUUUUCACACUGCAUCUCCUUUUUACCAUGCUGUCAAAGAUCCCCAGGCUGAAUUACUUGACCCAGCAGUUAAGGGUACGAUCAAUGUUCUUGAAGCAUGUGCCAAAACACCAUCUGUGAAGAGGGUAGUAAUAACAUCCUCUAUGGCAGCAGUUGCAUAUAAUAGGAGGCCUCGAGGUCCAGAUACAGUAGUUGAUGAGACAUGGUUCAGUGAUGUAGAUUAUUCCAGGGAACAACAGAAUUGGUAUCAACUAUCAAAGACAUUGGCAGAAGAAACUGCAUGGAAAAUGGCAAAGGAUAAGCAGCUUGAUAUUGUCACAAUAAAUCCGGCAAUGGUGAUUGGCCCUCUCUUGCAGCCUACCCUGAAUACAAGCUGUGCUGCAAUUUUACAAUUGAUGAAUGGCGCUUCCACAUUUCCAAAUUUAGCUUUUGGAUGGGUGGGUGUUGUGGAUGUUGCUGAAGCACAUAUUCUUGCAUUUGAAGUUCCGUCAGCAAAUGGAAGAUAUCUUCUAGUCGAUAGGGUUGUUCACCACUCAGAAAUAGUGACAAUCUUGGGCAAGUUGUACCCAGGCUGUUCGCUUCCAACUAAGUGUGUAGAUGAUAAACCAUUUGUUCCUACCUAUAAAGUGUCUAAAGAAAAGGCAGAGAAAUUGGGUGUGAAGUUCACUCCCGUUGAAGAGGCUAUCAGACAAACUGUUGAAAGCUUGAAGGAAAAGAAGAUGCUUAAGUUGGAGAGUAAUUUGUGAUUUUUUAGUGCUUGGAACUUGCUUUAUUCGAAAUAUUUAGUUAAGCACAGUACUCAAAUUGUUGGUGCUCUAAGUGAGAUGUACCUUUUUGAAAUCUCAAAACAUGUGGUCUGAACUAAUUGUUUGGUGAAAUUAGCUGCAUGACAUUGUGGAAAAUUAAUGGUUUUCGCUUUGGAUGCCAUUUAGUACUUGGGCAAGAAUUAUAAUAUUUGAAGUUUGAACAUAAAGAUCAGCAAAGCCAUUUAAAUUCUA